AAACGCGCCUGGGUCGGUGUCGAUGCCCGCGUUGUGCUCGUCGGUCUCGGAACUCAUAGAGGUUCCUGGCUCAGCUUAGGGUCCCUUAGACGGCCGGCAGCCAAGCAUCCAUCGCUUGCCGAACUCAGCAGCAAUGGCAGUCUUGUCCUCACCGUUGCAAUACAUCACUUCGACCCCGCCUGUUACGCGUGCUUGGACCGCUGCUACUGUUUUUUGCUCAGGACUGUAUUUCUGGCUAGCCUGGAGGAAUAACGAUGACUACACAGCGCCAUGGCUUACUCUGAUACCUGGGUCCAGUCUCUUCUAUCCGUGGACACUCGUCACUGCAGGUUUAGUAGAGACCAGUGUGAUCGAGCUCCUCGUAACACUGCUAGUGGUGCCUGCAUCUCUACGAUACAUGGAAAGGCUAUGGGGCGCGAUUGAGACUGCCAAGUUCAUCGUCGUAAACAUAGCGGUUUCCAACGUUAUCGCGUUUGCCUUCAAUUGGAUAGAAUUCGCCGUUACGAGAAAUGCUGACCUCUUCCUGUAUGGAAUGCAGUACCACGGCCAGAUGGCACUGCAGACGGCGGUCCUAGUAGCAUUCACUCAGGUCAUCCCAGAACACCAAGUGCAGGUGUUAGGGUUUAUCAAAGCAAGAGUCAAGAGGUUGCCUAUGGCUUAUGUUACCGUGUCGACAGUGCUAUGCUUUAUUGGUUUGCAAUGCCCGUAUAUCCUCAUCCAGUUUGGGUGGCUCGUUGCGUGGGUUUGGCUGCGAUUCUACAAGAAGAACGUCGUGGAUGUGGUCGGCGGAGGUCCUACAUAUGGCGACCAUAGCGAGACCUUUGCUUUCGUCCACUGGUUCCCUCCAUUUAUUCAUACUCCCAUUACUUUACUCUCCAACACGGCCCACGGGCUGGCGACUCGAUUCCAUCUUAUCCCGUCCGCCGAAGCGGAUCUGGAGUCUGGAGGAUAUGCACCAGUACCUGGAGGCGCGCGGGCAGAGGCAGAGAGGAGAAGAGCUAUGGCUUUGAAGGCCCUCGAUCAGCGACUGGCUAGUUCGCAAUCCCCCGCGCCCUCCGGCACCGUCAGUGACCAAUCAAAAGCACAAGCAGCCCGUCAAUCGAGCGGAUCGCCAUCGGGGAAACCCGCUGAAGAGGAAGGUGCCUCUGUGGAACGGUGAUACAGGGCCUGUGUCCGCGAUACGGCGCGAUUUAGGUAUAUGGCUGAUGUUCUCUAUAAAGCAAGUAAUAUAAUUUUGUCUCCUUCACCGCUGUUGCGAACACGUCCAUGAGUAC